AUGGAGGAAGAUGAUGGGAUGGAAAGUUUCUCUAUCAGUGAACGUGACUUAGAGUGCGCGUUUAAUCCAGAAAAACGCCGACGAUUAUCUAAAAACAAACAGCUUUAUGGUAUUUGGGCUGAGCAUGAAGAAAGUGAUGAAGACAAUGAACGUGCUGGUUUUGGUUCAGCUGGCUCAAAGAAAUACAACAAAAAUUAUUCUGCACCUGUAGCAUUCGUUAGCGGUGGUGUGAAAUAUGGUAAUAAGAUUGAAGGAGAGAGCAAAUCUGAUGUUGCGAAUGAUAAAGCUAUUCUUUGGAAGAAACCUCAGAGAGAACGUCAUCAGCAAGCCGGUGCUAAUGUCUUCGCUGGACUUCGUUCGUCGUCAACACAUAGUACUGUGGAUCCUGAAAAAUUCGCAGACUGGGCGAAGCAUUCGAAAUCAGAUGUCAUUAUGAAAAUGAUGAGAAAAAUGGGUUAUGUCCCUGGUCAAGGAUUGGGCGCUCAAAAACAAGGAAUUGUGGAACCUAUCCAGGCUAUUCUUCGACCAGGAAGAGCUGCUGUUGGUGCUUAUGGAAGAGAAUCUAAAGGGCCAAAGUUUGGAGAAUCAGGUGCUCAAGCGCAGAAAAGAAUGGAAAGUGUUAGUGACGAUGAAAGGAAGGAGGAUCUAGUGAGCAGGGGAAAUUGGAGGAAAAGUGGCGUUAAAAAAAUGAAGUAUCAUUAUAAAACGAUAGAUGAAGUUAUUGCGGAAGGUGUUUACUCUAAGCCACAGUUUGUUGGAGAUGUUAGCGGUGUAAAGGUAAUCGAUAUGACAGGAAAGGAACAGAAGGUUUACUGUGGUUAUGACGCCUAUGCGGCAAAGACCAGGGCCGUUAAAGAAUCGGGCGCAGAAAGUCUUGCAUUCGAUGUUCCUGAACUCAUGCAUAAUCUAAAUUUGUUAAUUGAUGAGACAGAAAAUAUCAUCCGUCGAAAUAAUCGAGAAAAGCGCUUGCUUAAAGAUCAAACUAAAGUUCUUAAAAAUGAUCGCCAGCAGAUGACGCAAAUGUUGCGAAAAGAGCAUGAAGGACAAAAAAGGGUACAAGAACUGUAUGAAUUUUUGGAAUGGUUCUCUUCAAAAAACGAUGCAGGAGAAAUAACGCUGGAUGAGUGUCGAGAAUUGUUCGAUAAAAUGCAAACAGAAUAUUUCGAGGAAUAUCGUUUGUUUAGAUUGGAAGAAAUAGCUAUUGCUGUUGUUUUACCUUUGGUGCAACCUGAAAAAAUAUUUCAGAUCAAACAACAUUUUUCUGUCUGGGAUGCACUUGAUAGUGCGCAAGUAAAUUAUGGUAUAACUCUCAUGACUGAAUGGAAAAAGAUAUUGGAAAACGAAGACCGUAGUGUAUUAAACUACACGAAGACUUUGGAAAACCUCCCACCGUUUGAACGUCUUAUGUGGAAUGGAUGGAUGCCUGCGAUUAGAAAAGCUGCAUUAAGAUGGUAUCCACGCGAUGAUGCCCAGUCGAUGCUGCAUGUUGUUGAAAGAUGGUUGCCUUUAUUACCUCUAUGGAUGAGAGAGAAUCUCUUAGAGCAGAUAAUAAUUCCUCGAAUAGCUGCUCAAGUAGAUGAGUGGAACCCUCUAACUGAUCGUGUACCAAUUCAUAUAUGGUUACAUCCAUGGCUCGAUGUGAUGGGCGAUCGACUUCAACCGGUUUUUGCUCCAGUUAGACAGAAACUGGCUAAAGCCCUAAAAGAAUGGAAUCCAACGGAUAGAAGUGCCUUGUCUAUGCUUCGACCAUGGAAAGGUUGUUUUGGGUCAUCAACGAUGUCUGCUUUUCUGGCAAUAAACAUUGUGCCAAAACUUGAAAGAGCUUUACAAGAUAUGAUUUACGAUCCUUCGAAAAAUCAAGUACUUUAUUUUUUUUCGACUUCUGCCACUGAG